AUGGCCGCCAGUGAUGUGGCAAUAGGAAUCAUCUUCUUAUCACAGACUAUGGUUGGAAUUUGGGGGAACUUUCAUCUUCUUUGCCAUUUUCUCUUCCUUUACUUCACUGGGUGCAAGUUAAGGUCCACAGAUUUGAUUCUAACGCACCUCAGUGUAGCCAAUUUCUUAACGCUCCUCUGUAGAGGAGUGACCCAGACAAUGGCAGCUUUUGGGUUGAAAGAUUUCCUCAGUGAUUUUGGAUGCAAACUUCUUUUCUAUCUUCACCGAGUGGGCAGGGGAGUGUCCAUCAGCAGCACCUGCCUGUUGAGUGUUUUCCAGGCCAUCACAAUCAGCCCCAGUAUCUCUAGGUUGGCAGAGCUUAAAGUAAAAGCUCCCAAGUACAUUCAGUCCUCCAUAUACCUAAGCUGGAUCCUGUACAUGCUUACAAAUGUUAUUUUUCCUCUGUAUGUGACUGGAAAAUGGAGCAAUAAAAACUUCACGAGCCAAAAAGACUUUGGAUACUGUUCUUCCAUUUCUCAUGGCAAAACCAGAGACAUUCUGUAUGCAGCACUGCUGUCAUUCCUUGAUGUUUCGUGUCUGGGGCUCAUGCUCUGGGCCUCCAGCUUUAUGGUUUUCAUCCUGUACAGGCACAAGAAGCGGGUUCAACACAUUCACAGGACCAAUGCCUCCCCCAGGUCCUCCCCUGAGUCUAGAGCUACCAAAAACAUCCUUUUGCUGGUGAGCACCUUUGUCUACUUUUAUAUCCUCUCCUGCAUGUUUCAGGUUUGUUUGUCUGUUAUUAAUAAUCCCAACUCAUUCCUGGUGAAUAGUGCUGCUCUAUUUGCUGGGUGUUUUCCAGCCGUCAGCCCCUUUCUGCUCCUGAGGUGUGACUUCAGUGCAUCCAGGCUCUGCUUUGCCUGGGUAAGGAAUAGAAAAACCCCUGAUUUUAUAAGAAAAAUAUAA